AUGUUCGUCGCUGGAUCUAGCACUUUUACAGGAUCACCAAAAAUGGAGCCCGAGAAUCGUUUGAUGUGCUCAUCAUUGAAUGUGCUCAUCACUGGGUCCACAUCGGGCAUCGGGCUACACGCGGCAAAACAUUUCUAUUCCCUUGGCGCCUCAGUGAUUAUCACGUAUCGAGAAGCGGAAAGGGGCAAAAAAGCGGUGGAAACGGUGGUAGAGAGUGCGGUGGCGAUGGAAGGGCAAAGUGUUAUGAUGUUGGAGUUAGACCUUUGCUCACUCAUUUCCGUAGGCAAUUUCUGUACGGAAGUGAAAAAUGCGUUGAAAUCGCUUGAUGUUCUGGUUUGCAAUGCUGGUGUGAUGGGAAGACCGUUUGAGCUAACCACGAACGGAGUCGAGUCUCACUUUGCCGCCAAUCAACUCGGGCAUUUCAUCUUGGUGAGACAAUUGAUCGAAUUGAUAGAAAAAGCGGAGAAUGGAAGGAUCAUCGUUGUGUCGAGUGGAUAUUAUAAACAGGUCACCGAGAUGCGUACCCGGAAAGAUAAACUCGCGAAUUGCCUCUUUGUGAAAGAUUUGGAAAGGAGAUUGACAGAAAGAGGAAGUCCAGUGAAAGUUUUCUGUGCUUUCGCGAGCCAUUUGGAUCAAGGAAUCUCUGGGAUCGUUCACUGUGCGACCACUGAUUUCGAUGAGUUGAUCAGUGGAAAACUGUACUAUCAAGAUCAAGUGGAGGAAUACACUGAUACGGUCACCGCCGAGAAUGGUCUUCGUUUAUGGCAAAUGUGCGAGAGAAUGGAGACAUUGAUAGCCAAGAGAUCGCACGGGAAUUCUCGAGAUUUCGAG